GGAAGCGAAUUGCAAGAGUCGAAUCACUAGAAGGAAAUUACACAAAUCGAAAUGAGGGUGAUCGCCGGCGGCGGGCGGCGUUCUUCGCCGUCCUCCUCUCUCCUCCCUCAUUAUUCCUCGACCUACAGGAAGCCUGCACGAGCUAAGUUCUAUCGCAUCCCCUCCAAGAGGUGGCUUCUUCUCCUCCUCGCUUUCCUCGCCGUUGCUCCCCCUCUUUUCUUCCACUUCCGCUUCCGCCGCUUCCAUCAGAUGCGCUUGAGGAAGUGCGGGUGGUUACAAAGUCCUCCCCUUGUCUGCGCUCAUGGUGGAGAUUCAAGCAGAGCCGUCCCCAACACCCAGAUGGAUGCUUAUCGGAUCGCCAUCGAUUCUCGAGUCGAUUGUAUAGAAAUGGAUAUCUCUCGCUCUUCAGAUGGAGUGUUGUUUUCGUUGCAUGAUAGCAGGGAUCUGCAGAGGAUGUCUGGUAAUAGUACAGCAAGAGUUGGUUAUAUGAACAUGAAUGAGAUAAAGGAACUAGAUGCAGGGAGUCAGUUUCCUCAAGAAUUUCAUAAUCGAAAGGUUCCCACAGCUGAAAGUGCUUUGGCGUUAAUAACAAGCUCAGUUGGGAAAGUAAUCUUGGAUGCUAAAGUUGGUCCUCCUUCAUAUGAGAAAGACUUGGCAAAGGAUAUAUUGUCAAUUGUGAACAAAACUCACUGCCAAAAUUGCCUUGUCUGGUCAAAAAGUGACAUCUUAGGAAGAGAUGUUACCGAGUUAUCUCAAGACGUAAUGGUUGGAUACAUUGUCAUGUCUGAUCCCUCUACCGGCGCUAGAAGUAAACUUUUGAGAAUGAAGGGUGCUGGAGUUGUGGGUGUCUACCAUCACUUGGUUGAUACGAAACUCGUGAGAAUUUUGCAUAGGGCGGGUAAGAAAGUCUAUGCCUGGACAGUCGAUGACUCGGAAUCCAUGCAAAGAAUGCUGUUUGAAGGUGUCGACGCAAUCAUCACGAGCAAUCCAGGUCUCCUUCAAGGUCUCAUGCAGGACUUGAAAACAGAAUGCCUUCAGGAUGACUUUCCUUAAUAGCAAAAUAUAAUCAGCAACGACAGUUGUUUUUUUCUCCUCAAUCUUAUUUCAUUCUUCAGAUUCAGAAGAAUGAAAAAUACAAUCAGAAUGUCAAUUAACUUCAUUGUUUUUUUAAAGAAAAUUGGACUAUAUUGGAUCUAUUAUAUACUAUGUUACCUUCCAUUACAAGAGGUUGAUUUUAUGA